AACAAAAUGAAGUUGAAUCUAUCAUCAAUGAAGUUGAUAAUCAAGCUUCUUAUUCUACUCAUACUGUUUGUGAUAUUAUAUUUGAUAUCAGUGGUAUUAUACAGCGCGAGAUACUGGCCAGAUAUCUAUAAUUACGUAAAUGCAAACAUAACUAUAAAACGUAUCCCAACUAUAUCAGAACUAAAUCUUACAGAAAUCGAAGUAAUUUACACUACAGACUACACCACAAAUGGUUAUGAUUAUACAACAGACUUCUCUGAAGUUAAUAAAAGAGAAGUCGAGGUAGAAGAAGUUAAAGAUUAUAGUGAACUGCCGACUAGAAGUGUUAUAGUUGAUUAUAUUUUUGAUGUUGAAGGAAGCACGAAGUAUGUCAAAGAUAUUGUAGAUGAGAGUGAACUGGUGAAAGAUUUGAAUGAUGCUGAACUGGUCAUUAGAGGACAUAAGGGGUUUGAUAAGUCAGAUAGACAACAACGCUCUUGAAAAGAUGUACCGUGCAGUGUUUAUUUUGUUCAUAGUUUUUUCGAAUGCGGAGUCUGUGAGAGAUUGCUCUUAUGUGUCGUGUAUAGCAGACUUUUUCCAAACAUUUUUUUCAAGUGACACAGUUUCUAAUACUCAAAAUAUAAAGGAAAUAAAAGUGGGUGAACUUAAAACUAUAUUUAGUGAUAUAACAGACUUGAUUAAGAAUCAGAAGAAUAAAACUGAUGAAGUGCUGAAAGAUUACGGUAAAACGCAGGUUUUGUUAAAUACGUGACUUUUGAUGACGACCAUCAUGAUUUUAAAGGAGCUAUAACUGAUAUCGAAGAAGAUAAUAAAUCAGAUGAUGAUUCUGAUUUAAUUGGAGAAAGCAAGGAAAUAGAAUUGAAUAAUGACUUAAAUACCAAUUCAACAGAACAGACAACUAUAAAGAACGAAGAAGCAACACACAAGACAGAAAGUAAAGUUUCAACAGUAAUAGACUUAAAUUUUGUCAAUUUUGAGAAAUCUUUAGGAGAUUUGAGAACUAAUGAGAUUUACGAAGACUUAGACGUUAUAUAUUACGAUGAUAAUUCAACAGAUUAUCCUAUUAUAGACUAUAUAGAGAUAUAUAAAGAUACAACUAAUGAAGAGAAUCUGUAUGUACCCACAGAACCUGCUAUAUCUAAUGAAAUAGAUAAACCUAAUGAAUUUGUUGAAGUAAAGGACUUUACUAACGAAA